AUGUCUUCUAACGACCUUGCUUUCGUGAAAAUAGAAAGCUCUCUCGAAAACUCUCAAGUAAUCCUUAAAUCAGAAGAAAACACAAAUGAAAACAUGGAGGAUAAUAAUCAUAAUAAUAUAAUCCAGUCACAUUUUCUAGACCCUUCUGCACACAUUCCUGCAAGUAGCAAGCAAAUGACUUUCUCCAGAGAUACACCAAAUGUUAAUAUAAUUACUGCCUCAGAUGCUCAAAAAACAUACAACUGCAAGAAAUGUCCGUUUUCUGCCCACACUGAUGCUGCACUGAAGUACCAUUUCAUCAAAGUGCAUAAAGGCAGAAUCAAAAUGUACAAAUGCCAGUCUUGUGAAUUCAUCACCAGGCAUAAGAAUGUUAUGGAUAAUCAUAGUCUGAUACAUCUGAGUGAAGAUCAGAUAAACUGGCUGGAAUGUGGUGUAUGUACUUUCAAGACGAAAUUAAAGUGCAAUCUGGAGAAACAUGAGAUGAUACACAAGGUGUCAGAAGAUAUGAAAAAGUACAAAUGCACUGAGUGUGCUUACAAGUCUCUAUGGAAAAGAGAUUUGGAACGCCACUUGCUGAAACAUAUGCUGCCUGACCAAAUUGUCAAAUAUGGCUGUGAUAAAUGCACCUUCUCUACUAAACAUGAAAGGUACUUGGGGGUUCACAUACAAAAGGUUCAUGUAGGUGAAGAAAAAUCAGAAGAAACCUUCCACUGUGCUAAAUGUGACUUCACUACCAAUCAAAAACGUAGCUUGGUACCUCAUAUGAUCACUCACAAAACCAAAGAAGAAAUCAAUAUGUACAAGUGCCGCUUUUGUACAUAUGAAGCAGCUUGGAAAAAAAGCGUUAGGAUGCAUGAAGAUACACAUCUGAAAGUGUACAAAUGUACAGAGUGCGAAUUUAUAACACGUCAGAAACGAUUUUUGAAUGAACACUUGCGCUGCCACAGACACGUCCAGCAAACGGAAUAUGCAUGCCCAAUAUGCCCUUUCAAGACGAUCUACAAGCACAGCAUCAAAAAACACUCCUUGGUGCAUAAGGACCCUGAUGAGGUCAAGAUGUUCGACUGUGAAAAGUGCAGUUAUAGGACAAAGAGGCCACAGGACUUACGGCAGCACGUCAAAGCUAUCCAUGAGGAAAUCACUGAGGUUUUCGAGUGUGGCGUAUGUCCUUACACUACUAAGAACAAGAACGCCCUGCGCAUCCACAAGAGGAACCUGCACGGCAGGCCCGAGGACAUUUUGAUGUUCGAGUGCGAUUCCUGUCCUUUUCGCACCAAGUACAAGUCCAGCUUGUUAGCUCACGGGCAGUCUUUUCACAAGGAGCACGACGAAUUGUCGAUUUUGAGGUGCUCCAAGUGCUCGUACAGCACGCGAAGGAAAGAGUGCCUACAGAAGCACCAGUACGUGCACAAAACGGCGGACGAGGUGCGCCAACUGAAGCAAGCCGUCCCGUUCGCCGUAUGCGGCGCCAACACCGAGUUGGAAGUGCGCGGACGCAAAGUGAAAGGUCGCCUUUAUCCGUGGGGCGUGGUCGAAGUGGAGAAUCCCGACCAUUGCGACUUCAUCAAGCUGCGCACCAUGCUCAUCACGCAUAUGCAGGACUUGCAGGAGAUCACGCAACAGGUGCACUACGAGAACUACCGCUCGGAGAGGUUGGCCAAGGAAAACAAUGGAGGGGCCAAAAAGACAAUUAUUGAAGAGAAAGUGGGCGGUGGUAAUGAGAAAGACAAAAUCCUCCAAGAAAAAGAAGCGGAACUGAAACGCAUGCAAGAGAUGAUAACUGCCAUGCAGGCGAAAAUGCAACAGCAAACGACCCAAUGA